CCCCUCCUUCCCUGUUUGCAGAGAUUUUAUCCAAGGCGAGCAUCGAAACCCUCUUUAGGUUGUAGAAAAUGGAGUGCUUCUCACUAAGACUCAUAGAAAACGAAGUAGUGAGAGAAUGGCUUAUGGGAAGAAACGAGGUCUACAUUCCUCCUCAUCUUGUUGAAAGUUCCGUGGGUAUAUGCGGGGAUACCAGUUUUGGAAACGAAAACGAACGUUUACACUUCCUCAUGAGGCCAGUUGGAGUCGUCGACAACAUUUUGGUAGGACUGAAACUGGGAGGCACUUUCCAAUUCGCACUUCCCAAGAACUUUUCUGGUGUCGCUACUUCCAAGCGCUUUGUGGUGGACUUGAAAUCUUUCGAGAAAUUAGAGUUCCAUUGGUUCUCGAAUAACACGGUACUUGUCGACUGGAUGAAGUUUCCUACAGCUCAGUAUCGUAUGAGAUAUUUAGUACUCUUUGAAGCUCCACCACCUGGCAAGCUACCCUCGAAGUUAUUGAGAAGCUCAGAAAUUAUAAGCACAAGAGAGCAAAUGGUCUUGGAGAAAGUUGCUAUUUGUGGACCAGAUAGAGAGCCUCAUUUAUUGAAUGAAGAAGCCUUUAGACUAUGUAAUUAUGAAAGAGACGUAUUUCUGGAUGCUAUUCAUUACAUGAUGAGAAGCUUAGGAGUAUUCCACGGUUCGCUUCGUGUUACGGACUACCAAAAAAAUUUCGAAAAAAUAGUUCCAAUUAGAACAGCUAUUCACGUAAUUAGAAGUGAAAAGACGGAACACUUGAAGAUGUCGGAAAUGAUGAAUUAUAGCGUUCAUAGUCCGUUGGUGAAUAAGGCUUUGAACAAUAUCGUUGUGAUUCCAACAGGAAAACUUAAGCAUAUUUUAGAGAAGGAACAUUUUAUGGAUGAAUAUCGCCGUUACGAACCCUAUGCAAUGAUGGCUUAUGUUCGCCGACAAUUUCGCAGACAACGUAGAUCAGCAAAGAGAAAGAGAGCUUCAAAUACUUCAUCUACUUCAACUGUUUCAGACAGAGUUGUUGGUAGCUUGUAUGGAGACACAGUAGAAAAGAAUGAUGAUCCCUGUAUUCCAUUUUCAGAUGAGGCUAUACUCGGAAAUGUGAAAUCUGAAAUAUGCUUAUUGGACAAGAAGUUUUCGGUUGAUGAACAUUCUAUGCAGCCUGAAGAUGCUUAUGAUAAAGUUUGGACGUUGAAUGAAAUGGUUCCGUUAUCAACACAAGACUUUGGCUUUUCUUAUGAACCGACUUGCUUCAUCGAUGAACUUUAUGAUAUGUUCCAAGAACGAAACAUUUCAUAUGACUUGGAUGAAGCAGAAUUGCUGCAAAACUUUUCGUAAUAUUGUGCGAUGAUCAUAACUGAAAUAUGGAUAAGACAGAAGAAAGGAAAUCGUUCUGUA